AUGAAGGCACGACAGAUUCCACGCAGCAGAAUCCGCGAACAGCAACUAAAUCCGGUGUUUCACUUCCAAGACAAAAAGGAGGACAGCCAGAUACUUACACGGGCCAGAAUAAAGCAAGCGUUAAAGAGUGGUGUACUGAAUCUAUCGGGCAAAGGACUGGCGACAGUGCCCGAAAAGGUGUGGAAUUUAAGUGAUUCGGACGAAAAUGAGAAGGAAGUACGGUAUGAUCUUAAUCGCUCGAACGAGGAAGAAAGCUGGUGGAACCAAAAAUCACUUACGACGCUCGAUCUUAGCUCCAACACGCUUACAACGAUCAGCGAAAACAUACAGAAUCUGGCCGAUCUUACCGUGCUGAAUCUUCAAGAUAAUGCAUUAACAAGCCUACCGAGUGGGAUCGGGGCGCUAACCAAGCUAACGAAGGUCAGCCUCAGCCGGAACAAGCUGACCGAGCUGCCGGAAAGCUUCUUUCAGCUGAAGGAGCUAAAACAUCUCAACCUUUCGCACAAUGAGUUUGCCGAGAUGAAUCCGAACAUAAGCGAUCUAAUUAUGCUUGAAAUAUUGGAUAUUUCAUUCAAUAGCAUUAACGCUUUACCGGGUGGCGUUGGGUUUUUGGUAAGGUUGCAGCAAUUAACGCUGAACAAUAAUCAUCUAACGGAACUACCGAACGAUAUCGUCAAUUUGCGCAAACUUCAAAAGCUUGAUCUUGCGAAGAACGAUCUGAAGAAGCUACCCCCUGUGAUGGGUGAGUUGCGCCGUCUGGAAUGUCUGUACGUGCAGCACAACGACAUCGACGAACUGCCAGAUUUUACUGGCUGCGAAGCACUGAAAGAGUUGCACAUUUCGAACAAUUUCAUUAAAACACUACCGGGAGAUUUUUGUGAGAAUCUCCCACAGCUAAAAGUGCUCGAUCUGCGCGACAACAAGAUCGAACGCUUACCGGACGAAAUUGCCCUUCUCGCUAGUUUGACAAGGUUAGAUCUUUCAAACAAUACGAUCAGCAGUUUGCCCUCGUGUCUGUCUACGCUGGCACAUCUCGUUAGCCUACAGGUGGAGGGUAAUCCGAUCCGUUCGAUUCGGCGCGAUAUUAUCCAGUGUGGUACGCAACGUAUACUGAAGACCCUGCGCGAGAGGGAUGGAACGAAGGGAAAAAUGGAGACGGAAAACAAAACGGGAUCAUCAUCGACGGUGGUGAAGAAUUCGCUUUUCUCCGAGAGUAGUACCUUCCCGGAUGUGUAUCAGAUGCGUAAGGGACGUGCGCUGAUCGUGUGCUCGAAGGGUUUGAUCGAUAUACCGGAGGCGGUGUUUUUGGAUGCGCUCGAGGCGUGCGUUUACAAUGUGGAUAUAAGCAAGAACAAGCUAACCACUGUACCGUCAGGAAUAACUCAUCUAUCUGCUCUGCUGACGGAGCUAAACGUGAGCUUCAACUUACUCCAAACCGUACCGUCAUUUUUCUCACAGUUCGAAAAGAUCAGCUACCUUAACCUAUCUAACAACCAGAUGACCGAUUUGCCGGAGGUGGUUGGGCUACUAGUCACGCUGCGCGAGCUUAACGUCGUCAGCAAUCAGCUCAAGCGCAUACCGGACUGUGUGUACGAGCUGCGCGGAUUGGAAAUAUUUCUUGCCAAUGGUAAUCAGAUCGAGGAAAUUGAUGCAUCGGAGCAUGGGCUCGGAGCGCUGAAGCGGCUGGCUACGCUGGAUUUGGCUAAUAAUAACAUUAAGCAUGUGCCGCCAAUCCUGGGCACGUUGAAGAACAUCACCACACUGGAACUAAUUGGCAACAGUUUCCGUCAACCGCGGCAUCAGAUAUUGGAAAAAGGAACCGAAUCGAUCAUGUCCUACCUGAGGGAUCGUAUCCCACAGUAG